AGGCCUCCGAGUCACUCGCUUUUGUGCCUUGCAGUUCCGGAAACAUCCUCACUACAUCCUUUUGCAGUGUCCAAGGAAUAGAUAAUCAGCAGCCGUCCCAUCCUACCUUUUCCCUACAUCCUGGUCUGGUGAGGAGCUCUCCCAUCUUCCUCAGCCUCCUCUGUCCCCUCCUCCACCUCUGAGGCAGCAGCCAUGAACUGGUCUGCACUGGAGGCCCUGCUCAGCGGGGUCAACAAAUACUCCACCGUAUUCGGCCGCGUCUGGCUCUCCAUGGUCUUCGUUUUCCGGGUGAUGGUGUUCGUGGUUGCGGCCCAGCGGGUGUGGGGGGACGAGAGCAAGGACUUUGUGUGCAACACGGCCCAGCCCGGCUGCAACAACGUCUGCUACGACCACAUCUUCCCCAUCUCCCACAUCCGCCUGUGGGCCCUGCAGCUCAUCUUCGUCACCUGCCCGUCUCUGAUGGUGGUGGGCCAUGUCAAGUACCGCGAGAAGAAGGACAUGCAGUACACCGCCUCGCACAAGGGCGCCCACCUGUACGCCAACCCUGGGAAGAAACGUGGCGGGCUGUGGUGGACAUACCUGUUAAGUCUGAUCUUCAAGGCAGGCUUCGACGCCGGCUUCCUCUACAUCCUCUACCACGUCUACGAGGGUUACGACAUGCCCCGCCUGUCCAAGUGCUCCCUGGAGCCCUGUCCCAACACCGUGGACUGCUACAUCUCGCGUCCCACAGAGAAGAAGAUCUUCACCCUCUUCAUGGUGGUCUCCUCCGCCAUCUGUAUCUUAAUGUGCAUCUGCGAAAUGAUCUACCUCGUCUGCAAACGCUUCCAGAAGCUGCUGAGGAGGAAGAGGGAGGAAGAGAGGAGGGUGUUCGCCGAGAGUCACGAGCUGACGUCGUUGGCCGCGCCCAGGUCGGAGUUCAGGCCGACGUCGCCGGUCAGAGUGGACCCCACCAACACGGCCUCCAUCCAGAACCUCAACAACAUCAAGGCCGAGGAGGGGCCAUCUGAGAAAAAAUAAUGCAUGGCAAGCGGUCAAGUUGAAAGACUGAAUGAAGUGACCUGGGUGCCACUGCCUGUUGGGUGAUGAUACUUUCAGCGGACUGCAGUUCAUACAACACAGACAAGAUACCCAUCAGCUCACAGAUUUCCAUAUGAACUUUUUUUGUAAAUACAUCUUGUUAAACUGACUGUCUGCAGGAACGCACAACUUAGCCAUGCAAAUAAACUUCAAAUGAGGCGGAUGACAGAGGAGGUGACAGGGAUUGAAACUGUAUUUUUGGAAUCGGAGAGCGUGUGUUACUAUCUGACAGCUAAAUUCAUGUUAUUAAAUUAGGCUCCUUGUAAGGAUAACUUUGUGUAAAAGUUAACAAAAUGUAGAAAGAUGACUCCAGGUUGCCUACAGUGAAUAUACUGGGUAUUUUC